CCCACCUCGACUGUGUCCCCCACGAUGCCGCUCCUGCACUCACAGCAUCGCAGCAGCGACGAAGCCACGGGCCGCCCACCAACGCCCACCAACGACGCUGGCCUGUCUGCCCAGCCACCGGCCUUGCGCCUCAAGGCUCCCCUCCACGAACGUCGCAUGGCAAAGCCCCUGAGUGUUGGCCUCGUCGUUCCCACAAACGCGGAGCAGCGCCGCCCUUCCUUCUCAGACUCGUACCUCUCCCCAAUGUCGGCGUCGUCGGCCACCACCUCCGCCCCGCCCUCUGCCUGGUCGUCGGGGUCCGUGUCGUCUUCCUUGGACAGCACCCCGUACUCCCAGCGGUCAAGUGACGUGUCUGCACUCUCCUCCCCGCCGCAGGGCUGGGCCAACCCCUCCACCUCAAGCGCAAAUUACCCUUCCACGGGCGUCGACUCGAGCUCCCUCGCAUCCAUCAUCAACGACACCUUGCUCGGCGACUUCUCCUCCCUGCCAACCUCAGACGACGGCUUUGCGCAGUGGGGCUUGCCGUGCGAAAUUAGCAACCCUCAGCUCAGCAACCUCAUGACGCCGGCCUCAGACUACCCACAGCAGCAGCAGCACCACCACCACCAGCAUCAUCCCGAACACGACGUGAUCACCACCACGUCCUCCUUCUCAUCAAGCGCGUUUCCCAGCUUCGCCCACUUUGACAGCGCCGCCACCCCGCUCGCCUCAGUGGACAAGGACAGCUUCGUUGCGCCCCACUUGUUCCACGACGCUUCAGACCACCCAGGCACAAUCAGCAGCACCUCCACGACAACCUGCAACAGCACCAGCGGCGCAUACAUCUCGAGCAACAACGCCGCCAGCGGCUGCAGCAGCAGCAGCAGCAGCAACGACGACAAAGGUGAUGCCUACAAUGUUGGCGGGGACCAAGACAGUGUGCAGGACAUACUCCAGUGGCUCAAGCACGACGCCCCAACGGCAAACCUUGCCCUGCCAACGAUGGGGCCCCGCUUCCCCAACGCGCCACCACCAACGCGCAGCCCAAACCACCCGUCAUCCUCCUCCACUUCAACGGGUGAUGCCGGCAAGCAUCGUGACUCCUCUUCCUCUGCUACCGCGCAGCCACCAAUGCUUGCAAGCACUCACCCACGCAGCGGCAGCAAGCCCGUCGCCAAGCGGCAGCGCCGCAAGUCCGCGGGCAGCAGCAACCCAAAGAACAAGAGCAAGCGCUCAUCCUCAGCCUCUACCUCCUCCUCCUCCUCCUCUUCCCCUGCAAAAGGUCAGGGCAACAUCUACAAGAAGCAGUACACAACACCAACCCGCUCGAACCCGCGCCGCACUUCGCACGUGCGGACCCGUGGCGCCGUCACCACCACCACCACCACCACAGCCAAAAUCCAGGACCGUGCCCUCUCUGGCGAAGGGCAGCCGCCCCUCAAGGUGGCCAAGAUCGACUCCCGCGGCUCCUGCAGUGACACCGAGGGUGGUUCUCCGUCUUCCCUCUCCUCCUCCUCAUCAUCAUCUUCUUCUUCGGCAUCCACCAGCGCCACUUCCACCAACUUCACAAGCACGGUGCACAGCGAUGCUGCCAUGAACUUCUUUGCGGUUCACGCGCAGAGCUGCCCCACCUCCACUAUCCCUGCAAAGGAUUAUGACGUGUACUAUCCCGAGAACGACAGCAGCGAGGACGAGGACGGGUCCGACGACGACGACGACGACAACGCAAUUGACACGGACGAUUCUCAGGAUGAGGAUGAGGAGCAGCAGGACGACGACGAUGACGACGACGAAUGGGUGCCUGCAAGCACCGCUCGUCGCAAUUCAACAAAGACGAAGAGCACGAGCACGCUGUCGACGGCCAGCAGCAGCAGCAGCAGCAGCAGCAGCAGCAGCAGCAGCAGCAAGAAGAACAAGAAGAAGAAGGCCUCGAAGAAGCGCAAGAGUGCCACCUCCCGCUCGGGUCGCCCGGGCACCCGGCCCACGUCCUCCAACCAAAUUAUCUGUCCCAUCUGCCACGGCGUCGGCCGCAACAGCAAGCGCAAGAUCUGCGGCAUCUGUUACAGUGGCCUGUACAACGAUGUCAAGAAGGUGGUCCGGGCAAAGCUGCACUUCCGGCUCGGCAAGGAUCCAGUCGCUAACCGCGAUGGCCUCAAGCAAGCUCUGAGGAAGCUGCAGCGUGGCUGCAAGCGCAAGUACAAGUGCAAGGAAUCUGCCUGGCGCUACAGCCUUGAUCCCGCCGCAAAGUGCACCCGAUGCAGAAGCAUCCACGUCAUCGACGCCAUCCCCGACCUGGCCGAUAUCACCAUGUCCUCCUUGUUCUGA